UAUGUCUUGUGUCAAAUUAAUAAAUCUAGAAAUUAGUUCAUUUACAUGUCAUUGCGAUUUGUGUGCAUUAAAUUCGAUAUAACAUUUACUUAAAAGUUAUAUCUAAGGUGAUUCUUACAAACUAAGAAGCAUUUGAUAUGAUAGGCAUAUGAUACAUUUGAAUGUAUGAGAAAUGCAACUGUUGCGGCUAUGGUAUAUGCCAUACAAUAUCCCCAAAGACGUCAUCCCGGUAGCAGAGUUUUUCGUCGACUCAUACACCGUUUAAGAACAACUGGAAAUAUAAAUCUUCCUGUAUUUAGAAGACGCGGCAUAGGUCGUUCAGAGGAAAACACAAUAAAUGUUUUGGCAUAUAUGCAGUUUAACCCGCAUUUAAAUAUUAGAGCAAUAAGUAGAGACUUGGGAAUAUGCAGAACAACCAUUCAACGUAUUUUGACAGGACACAGAAAAUUAGUAAGUCUUUUGAAAUGGAUCAAGAUUUAGGCAAUCUAAGAAAACAGUUUAUCUACGUGCGGCCGUGCUCAUCGUUAAAGAAGAUUAAAAAAGAAACAAAAGUGUUUUAGCCAGUAAUUACUUUUGAUAUAAAAAUGACUUCAAUUUA